GACUCUACCGGGCGGAUCUUGGCUCCGACCUAAUCUCUACCCAAGGACCCGAAUUCGGGUUCCAGCUGCCAUGCGUUCCGGGGGCCGCGGGCGAUCCCGGCUGCGGGUCGGGGAUCGCGGCCUUAUGGAGCCGCCCUCACUGCCCAAGCGCCGCCUGCUGCCGCGUCUGCACCUGCUGCCCCUGAUGCUGCUGGCGCUGGCCCUGGGCUCGGCGUUCUACAUCAUCUGGAAAAGUUGGAACCCAGGGGCUGAGGAGCUGUCGCCGAGCCGGGAAUUGCGGGCCCCGCUGGUUGGAAGUCUACCAGAAGCCAAGCUGCGGAGGGUGGUGGGACAGCUGGAUCCGCAGCGUCUCUGGGGGACUUUUCUGCAUUCCCUGCUGAUUGUGCGACCCCCAGGUAGCCCUGGCAAUCUCCAAGUCAGAAAGUUUCUGGAGGCCACCAUGCAGGGCCUCUCAGCAGGCUGGCACGUGGAGCUAGAUUCGUUCACAGCUUCAACCCCCCUGGGACCAUUGGACUUUGGAAAUGUGGUGGCUACACUUGACCCAGGAGCUGCCCGUCACCUCACCCUUGCCUGCCAUUAUGACUCGAAGUUCUUUCCCCCGGGAUCAGCCCCCUUUGUGGGGGCCACAGAUUCGGCUGUGCCCUGUGCCCUGCUUCUGGAGCUGGUCCAGGCCCUUGACCCGAUGCUCAGUAAGACCAAGCAGCAGGCACCCUCGGUGACUCUGCAGCUGCUUUUCUUGGAUGGGGAAGAGGCGCUGAAGGAGUGGGGACCCAGGGACUCCCUCUAUGGCUCCCGGCACCUGGCCCAGAUCAUGGAAUCUAUACCCCAUAGCCCCGGCCCCACCAGGAUCCAAGCUAUUGAUCUCUUUGUACUUCUUGAUCUUCUGGGAGCACCCAGUCCACUCUUCUACAGCCAUUUUCCCCACACAGUCCGCUGGUUCCAACGGCUGAGGAGUAUCGAGAAGCGUCUACACCGCCUGAACCUCCUGCAGUCUCACCCCCAGGAAGUGAUGUACUUUCAACCGGGGGAACCACCGAGCUACGUGGAAGAUGACCACAUUCCCUUCCUCCAGAGAGGGGUCCCGGUGCUGCACCUCAUCGCCACGCCCUUCCCCACUGUCUGGCACACACCUGCCGACACUGAGGCCAACCUCCAUCCACCCACAGUGCACAACCUGAGCCGCAUCCUUGCUGUGUUCCUAGCUGAGUACUUGGGGCUCUAGCCUUGCAGGCUGAUGCCUUGAGGGGACCUUAACAUGGAGAAGCCCCCAGCUGGGGACAUGCCAUGGGUAUGUAGAGCCAGUGGAGAACAGCCAGGCCCACCUCAGCUGUGUUACAACUGUUGCUUCAAGAACACACAAAGGAACACUGAAUGCUGACACAGCCAUAGAAAUACAGUUUGGCCUCUGUCAUGAGGUAAAAGCCUGAUCUGGAAGCUUCCAGGGACCAAAUGCUAUGCUGUGCCAUGGGCUGGCACUUGGACCAGCACCACCGACCAAAUGAAUCCUGUGUGGCCAAGGCUUUAAAGUUCAUUGGCCAAAAUGACAGCCUUGCUACUAGCAUGAGUCCAGUCCUGACUCCCCAGUGGGCAUGGGCUCAGAUCUGAGGUCAAGGAUGGUCGCUGACUUGGAAUGCCACAUUCUGUCUGGCCCAGUGUGCAGUAAGCUAUGUUAAACAACAUUCCCAAGGUAAGACAACAGUAAACAAGUUUCCUCACUGCACAAGGUGAAUCUGCCAGAGUAAAACUGGUUCUCAAAGUGUCUCA